AUGGCUAUUCUCAUGCCGCUGGACAUCCUCGCUAACACCGACAUCCAGCAAAAAGAGACAGACCCACCGAACAACGUUACAGCCAUUUUCUGCGAGCCAACUUUCUAUCAACAGCGCGUGAACGCGACGGUUGAUAUGACCAGCAAAGCACCGAUUACCGUCACACCACUAGGCGACAAAGAACCACUUCCGGCAAAUUUCUUCAACGCAACAUAUCUAGAAAUACAAAUGAAUGGGGGUUCUGGAUACGAAGUCCGAGGUGACAAUCUACCGCUGAACUCACUACCAAGUUACCUGGAGCGCGUUGCGGCAACCAAUCUUAGUGUAGUGACUGGCCCCACAGGCGGCGGCUUUGUUCAGCCUAUGGUCGGAUUGUCCCUUGCAGUCAGCGAUCGUCCGCUUGAGGAUUACCUUGACUGGCGAGUUCUGAGUAAGUCUUAUGCGGAUGCAUACAGGCUGCUCUUCUCUCGCGCAAUGGUAGACGUACUCGGCAACGAUUUCAAGACCUCCGAAGUCAUCAUGGGUCACAAGCAGUACUCAACACAAGCAGUCAUUGUUGAGCCUGUCUUCACCUACAUCGCCGAAGGCCUUCUGGGCGCCGUUUCAAUUGCAACGCUGGUACUACUAUACCUAUCGAUGACGAGGGCCAGGAAUCUUCACUCCAAUCCGAGCACAGUCGCGAGCAUAAUGAGUCUUGUCGCCGACAAUGAGGCGCUGCUUGCAGAUUUUGAGGAUCUUGACUGCUGCACUACAGAAGAGGUUCAAGAACAGCUCGGAAAUAAGAGAUACCGGCUUGAUGAUGAUGGUCAACAACAUACUAUUAUCGAAGUUGGUCCUAUCACAGAUUCCGUCCUGAUAGCUCAGCAACCAGUCACUACCGCCCAACGGCGGAACACCCCUCGAAAUAUCGCAAAGCCUGUCCGACCCGUCGAGUUCAGUCUUUGGACUUCUAUCCCCUUCGUAGGACUAUUCACUGGACUUGCUAUUGCUCUUGCGAUAAUCUUCGCCAAGGCAAAGCUGAACGGUCUUCCUCUGCCUUCAAAGGACAAGCUUGUCCAGAACCUCCUAGAGAACUACAUUCCAACGGCAUUUGCUACGCUUAUAGAACCAAUGUGGAUUCUAAUCAAUCGCCUACUGUGCAUGUUGCAACCUAUAGAGGAGCUUCAGGACUGCGAUGCACCUGCCAAAAGGUCUAUUGAUCUCAACUAUAGCUCAUUGCCUCCGCAACUUGUAAUUUUCAAGGCGCUGAGGUCGAAGCAUUUUGUUCUCGCGGCAGUCUGUUCAAUGGUAUUGCUUGCCAAUCUUUUAGCUGUUGCAUUCGCAGGCAUCUUCAACCAGGACUCGGUCAGCAUACGGUACCCUGCGGAAUUUAGUUCUCCAUUCGAGUUGAAGUUCGUUUCGGUGAACGGAAGCAUCGGGCCCAAAAGUGGCGAUGAGUUCGGCUCUCUCGAAGCUUCAGGCGCAUACCGUGGCGGCAGCACGCAGGAUCAGUUCCUUAUUGCCGAAUCCAACUUUACGCGAGGAACUCCUCUCCCUGCAUGGACCGACGAGAAAAUGCUUUACCUACCUUAUUUCAGCGCGGCAGAUGUGAAUGCGACGGACGGGCGCGACUACCGGGCUGAAACCUCGGGAUUUGGUGCCGAGCUCAACUGCGAGACUCUUGACUUCGGCGUGCACUAUCGCGCCAGGCUAGUCAGCGAUGGCUCGAACAUUCAGGCUGUGUUCAACAUCACAGAUCCUGCGGACUCUGAAGAAGCAGUAUGUCCGGUCAGGGUAGCACCAACAAUUCUGUGGGGCCCGAGUAGACCAGGGCCACGACCAGAAAUCAACGGUACUUGUCAACGUGGUCCAAGUGCCACAGAGUUAGUCUUCGUUGUCGAUGCGAAUGCAAACGCUACUCAAGAAGAGAGGGAUGCUUGCAUGACAACGAUCAUCAUGGGAUGGAUCAGAGCACCUGAUGGAUCCUGUGGCGAUUUCGCGGAAAGAGAUUUGGACAAAAGCAAUUCGGUGUUCGUUCGUUGCAAGCCAAAGAUCGUUAUAGGAAGAGCCACAGUGCAAGUCGAUGCAACCGGGCGACUGCAAGAAAAAGUUGCGGAUCUGAACAUCGAGGGCGAUGCAUCGGAAGAAGCAUUUACGAACGGCGCCGUCGACGUGAUUGGGCAAGCGAACCGGUACAUAUUCAAAUACUCCGACAGUGGUUGGCACAACGACAGCAACGCGGAAGAUCCGAUGAACUACUUCGCUCGGCGCGAAUCAAACAGCACACGCCUCAGCGAUCCGAACCAACCGGUUCCUACACUAGAAGAUAUCCAAGUUCCUCUUGGCAAGGCCUUUUCACGACUCUUUGCAAUUUGGCUUGGAACCAAUAAGGAGAAGUUGCUGGUGCCACGCAGCAAGGCGAACGAAGCGCAGGUCCAAGGUUGGACAGUGGUCAAGGAGCAAAGGCUCUUCGUCUCCACUCCUAUGUUCAUCAUUUCUGAAGCUAUUCUUGGCAUCUACAUCAUUGUUGCAGUCAUGGUGUACCUGCGCCGACCUGGACAGUAUCUUGCGCGAAUGCCUACGUCCAUCGCGUCAAUUAUCAGCUUGUUCGCCGCUAGUGCAGCGGUGCAAGACAUGAAAGAGACUUCACAUUUAGAUAGAAAGGGACGUGCCCUUCAUCUCGAUAGACUGGGGUCACGCUAUGGAUAUGGUAGUUACAUCGGGGGAGAUGGAAGAGUGCACAUCGGGAUUGACAAGAUACCGUUUGUGCGAGUCAGGUCGAAGACUACCUGGCUGGAACGGAAGGUCAAUUCGUUCCGCAAGGGCUCGUUGGGAGGGUCCUAA